AAACAUUCAGACUGGUCGAACGUAUUGUUCCUCUAUUUAGUUCUUCUGUUUAACCGAAUUCACUGUUGAAUAUACGACAGUGUAACAAGAUACUAUUUAAUAUAUGUAAUAUGUAUAAGGAAACAUAUAUUUCACGUACGUGUCAAAAAAUAACUUUACUACAGAUAAUAUUGUGCAUUAAUUGGCCAAUGACAGAAGAGGAUCCUGAAAGUAUUCCCCAUGUUUCAGUUUUUUCAGCUACUUUCAACUCGACUCUUAACUGGCGAGAAGGUGAUAUACUGGAUUCGAAACCUCAUUGACAGUUGUUAGGAUUAUUUAAUAGUAAAGAGCGUGAAAGUUAUUUGAAGAUAUCUAUUUGUUGAAAUUAAAUACCUCUGUGAUUUAUAUUUUGGUUGGUAAAACUCUUGUACUCGACGAACUUUGACGUAUAUUAGAAUGAGUACUCCAGGUGGGCCAAAGCCACCUGCUGCACCAUCCGUUCAAGAAUAUAGCAUUCGUGUGCCUAAAAAUAAUAAGAAGAAACAUAAUGUCAUGCGAUUCAAUGCUACGCUUAAUGUUGAUUUUUCAAAAUGGACACAAGUAAAAAUGGAACGAGAAAAUAAUAUGAAGGAAUAUAAAGGAUUAGAUGAAGAGAUGCCCAAGUUUGGAGCAGGAUCUGAGUUUGGGCGAGAUGCGAGAGAAGAGGCAAGACGAAAGAAGUUUGGGAUCACCAGUAGAAAAUAUAAGCCAGAGGAUCAGCCAUGGAUUUUAAAGUCUGGUGGAAAAACAGGAAAGAAAUUUAAGGGCAUUAGAGAGGGUGGUGUUGCUGAGAAUGCUGCAUACUAUGUAUUUACACAUGCACCAGAUGGGGCAAUAGAAGCGUUUCCGUUGCAUGAAUGGUACAACUUCCAACCUAUACAAAGAUACAAAGCACUUAGUGCAGAGGAAGCAGAACAAGAAUUUAGUCGUAGAAAUAAAGUCAUGAAUUACUUCUCAUUGAUGUUAAGAAAGAGACUACGCAAUGAUGAAGAGGGUGCGGAUGAUGAAUCUGAGCUGGCUGAGGGAACUAAAGGAAAGAAACCAACUAAAAAGGAAAAAGAAUUAAAGAUAUCAGAAAUGGAUGAAUGGAUGGACAGUGACGAUGACGAUUCAAACAGUGAAGAUGAGAAAGAAAAGAAAGCAUCCGAUGAAGAAGAGGAUGCAAAGAAAACGAAAAAGGGUAAAGCGACAGCUUUGAAGAAAAAGAAAAGAAAAAAUGCAUCCGACGAUGAAGCCUUUGAAGAAAGUGAUGACGGAGAUGAGGAAGGUCGAGAAUGUGAUUACAUAUCGGAUUCCUCUGAUUCAGAGUCUGAAUUAGAAAAACAAAAAGAAAUAAAAUCCGUCGCUGAAGAAGAUGCACUUAGAAAAUUACUUGCUUCGGAUGAGGAUGAUGAGGACGAAGAAGAGGAGAAGAAAGAUGGUGAAGAGGACAAGGAUGAGGAUGAAGAAAACAAAGAAAAGGAUGAGAAGGAAAAAGACAAAGCUAAUAAGGAUACAGAUAAGAAGAAGGACAAAAAGAAAAAGAAGAAACAGUCCAAGAAGAAGGAUUCUAAGAAAUCUAGUCCUGGAAAGGAUUCCUCCAGUGACUUUUCCAGCGAUUCUGAUUCUGAUUCUGAUGUACCUAAGGAAAAGGAUAACAAAAAACCAAAUAGCGCACAAAGUUCCAGAUCCGGCACUCCGAUACCUGCUGCAGGUUCAUCAGCUGAUCUUCUGAAAAGAAAGCAAUCAGGUUCACCAGAUCUGUCACAAGCAAAGAAAUUGAAGUUAGACAAUUUCAACUUAGUACCAGCAACUUCUUACAUACCUGGAAGCAGUGAGUCCGGGAUAACGGAAGAUGCUGUGAGACGAUACUUAAUGCGCAAACCAAUGACCACCACCGAGCUUUUACAAAAAUUCAAAUCCAAAAAAACAGGCCUCACCUCAGAACAGCUAGUUAACAUUAUGACCCAAAUAUUGAAGAAGAUUAAUCCUACAAAACAAACAAUCAAGAACAAAAUGUAUUUAUCCAUCAAAGCCCAACCAAAUUAACAAAACAUGAUUGACAUACUUUGCAUACUGAUUAUUUCAUUGUUUCCCUUCGAACAAAAAAACAAUAAUAUAAUGUACGAAACCUUAUGAAACAAUGCAAUGUGAUAUUAGUGUCUUCAACGUAAUAAAUUUUCAAUUAUAUAACAAUA